AGAGACGCCAGUCUGUUUGUGGGGAAGCUCUCAGGCACACAUAGCUCCAUCUGCACCACUGGCACAACUUCUCUCCAGCCUGCUGCUGCUGCUGCUGCUUGGGCACCCUCCCUCCCCAACUCCUGACUCUAUACAGCCCGGGGGCUGCUUCACUACUGCAGUGCCUUCAGUGAAACCAACCUGGGAUGGAGCCAUCAAAGCAGCAGGUAACUUGCCUCUUGCUGUUUAAUGCUUAAUAGCGCGGCUAUGCAGAGAGGGCAGACAAUGACUAUGUACGACAAUGCAGAUCUGCUUUGUAGCUUCACAUGACUGAUGCUUGUAACACUCCAUUCUGCAUUGUGGGGGGAUGGAGACCAGAGCUGACACGUGGGAAUAGUUUAAAGAAGUUGAGCAUCUUACAUUGUUAUAGGGAGACAUUUCAAAAAGAUUUAAUAUAUAUAUAUAUAACAUCCACGAUCCCUUAUUUGUUUUUUGACUGGAAGGAGGGCUAGAGACUACCUGAUGGAUCCGACUCAUAGAGUCCAUCCUGCUCAUUCAGGAGAGAGUGGCAGAAAGAAGCUUCUGGGCAGCAUGAAAAUCUGGUGUGAACUCCCAGUAGGAGAGGGUGGAACUGUAUCCAGGAACGACUCACCUCUGCCCCUGGGCUCGGCUCGGGCGAGCACCCAGCACCGUGACAGGCGUUAUUGGGAGCAGGAUACGUGAUGCGCUUAUUUCCCAUAGGAAACGUGGCUAAAAAGUAGGUUUUGUUUGCGCUGGUGCUAAUUUAUCAUCAGUUCUUUCAGCUCAAAAAGCAUGAAGGGGUUGUUCCGACCCUAAAUUGGUGGGGAAAGUCUGUUAGCUGGCACCUGUGUGGCCCAUCUCCUACCCAGAUCUCCGUGCUCUCCCCACCUUCUGGAAACCUGCUGCUAGCUGAAAUAACAGGAGGAAAAAGAGAGCUGAGAAGUGAAUUGAUGGAAUUGUGAUUUGUAGGAUUUCUCCACAGUCCCUGCCUCCUACUUGCUCUCUAGCCACUCCAAAAGUCUCUCUCUCCCUCUCCUCCUGGCAAAUCCUUCUCUCUAUAUCUCCCCACCAUUCAAUCCACUUACCUUCCCUGUUGCAACACAAACCAGCAACAUCACCCUGCAGAUGUCGAAGAAACGUAAAGCCACCGAGAAUGAGUGUGGCAGCUCCCGGGCUCCAUCUCCUGCAAAACCCGAGAGAGCCGAUCCAGGUCUCACAGAUGAAAAGGUGAAAGCAUAUCUCUCGCUCCAUCCCCAGGUGCUUGAUGAGUUUGUAUCUGAGAGCGUUAGUCCUGAAACUGUAGAAAAAUGGAUGAAGAAAAAAAGCAGACGUGAAGAUAUGACGCCUACAGAAGUUAGCAGGUACCAGGAUACAAAUAUGCAAGGAGUUGUGUAUGAACUCAAUAGCUAUAUGGAGCAGCGGCUAGAUGCUGGGGGAGACAAUAAGUUACUACUUUAUGAAUUAAGUGAUAUCAUCAAAACUGCUACAAAGGCUGAUGGAUUUGCACUAUACUUUCUAGGAGAAUGCAAUAACACCUUGUGUUUGUUUACCCCAACUGGAACAAAAGAUGGACAAACUCCACUUACGUCUGUUGGACCUGUUGAAUAUGGCACCACAGUAUCUGCACAUGUAGCCAAAUCCAGAAACACUGUGUUAGUAGAAGAUAUUCUGGGGGAUGAAAGAUUUCCCAAAGGUACUGGGCUGGACUCAGGGACACGUAUCCAGUCUGUUCUUUGUUUACCAAUUGUUACUGCGAUUGGUGAUCUGAUUGGAAUCUUAGAACUUUAUCGGCAUUGGGGGAAAGGAUCCUUUCGGCUUUGUCACCAACAGGUUGCAACAGCAAACCUUGCCUGGGCUUCAGUAGCAAUACAUCAAGUACAAGUAUGUAGAGGCUUAGCUAAGCAGACUGAGCUAAAUGACUUUCUGCUUGAUGUAUCAAAAACAUACUUUGACAACAUAGUUGCAAUAGAUUCAUUACUUGAACAUAUAAUGAUAUAUGCAAAGAACCUGGUGAAUGCCGAUCGUUGUGCACUCUUCCAGGUGGAUCACAAGAACAAAGAGUUGUAUUCUGAUCUUUUUGAUAUUGGGGAAGAGGAUGAGGGAAAGCCUGUAUUUAAGAAGACCAAAGAAAUUAGGUUCUCCAUUGAGAAGGGUAUUGCAGGACAGGUUGCAAGAACAGGUGAAGUCCUUAAUAUUCCUGAUGCCUAUGCAGAUCCACGCUUUAAUAGAGAAGUAGAUGUUUACACAGGCUACACAACAAGGAACAUUUUGUGCAUGCCUAUUGUAAUCCGUGGGAGCGUUAUUGGAGUUGUACAAAUGGUGAAUAAACUAAGUGGAAGUGCCUUCUCCAAAACAGACGAGAACAACUUCAAGAUGUUUGCUGUCUUCUGUGCUUUGGCCUUACACUGUGCAAAUAUGUACCACAGAAUACGGCAUUCAGAGUGCAUUUACCGAGUUACACUGGAAAAAUUGUCAUACCACAGCAUUUGUACUUCAGAUGAAUGGCAGAACCUUAUGAACUGUACACUCCCAGUGUCUCUUUGCAGGGAGAUUGAACUAUACCACUUUGAUAUCCAGCCAUUUGAAGACCUAUGGCCAGCCAUAUAUGUUUAUAUGAUUCAUCAGUCAUGUGGCAAAAACUGCUUUGAGCUCGAAAAAUUGUGCCGGUUCACCAUGUCUGUGAAAAAGAACUAUCGUCGUGUCCCCUAUCACAACUGGAAGCACGCGGUUACAGUAUCACACUGCAUGUACGUUAUACUUCAAAAUAACCAGGAGAUAUUCACAGACUUGGAGCGGAAAGGGCUUCUAGUUGCAUGUUUAUGCCAUGAUCUUGAUCACAGAGGUUACACUAACAGCUACCUGCAAAAAUUUGAUCACCCUUUAGCAGCUUUGUAUUCCACAUCAACAAUGGAGCAACACCACUUCUCGCAGACCGUAUCUAUAUUGCAGCUGGAAGGGCACAAUAUUUUUUCCAACCUGAGCUCCAAUGAGUAUGAACAAGUGUUGGAGAUAAUUCGCAAAGCCAUUAUUGCCACUGACCUUGCACUGUACUUUGGGAACAGAAAACAUCUUGAAGACCUUCAUCAAAUGGGUGCAUUAAAUCUAAAUAAUCAAGCACAUAGAGAUCGUUUGAUAGGGUUGAUGAUGACAGCUUGUGAUCUUUGCUCUGUGACAAAGCUAUGGCCAGUUACCAGGUUGAUAGCUGAUGAUAUAUAUGCAGAAUUCUGGACUGAGGGUGAUGAAAUGAAACGGCUUGGUAUUUCACCUAUUCCAAUGAUGGACAGAGAUAAACAAGAUGAAAUCCCUCAGGGCCAGAUGGGAUUUUACAAUGCUGUAGCUGUUCCAUGUUAUACAACUCUUUCAGAGAUCUUUCCUUCAACACGACCGCUUCUUCAGGCCUGCAAGGAGAACCUCAGUCAGUGGGAAAAAGUUUCUAGAGGAGAAGACACCACAGUCUGGAUCCCUUCCCAAUCACUACCAACAGAGUCAUCAGAUUCACUUCCAGUUAAGAUUGAUGAUUGAGAAACAUGGACCACUCACAACUAAAGAUUAACUUUAUUUUUAAAAGAAGCGUAUUUAUCUGCAGCAUGGAAAGGACCAGACUUCUAACGGGGAAAAUAAUUAUGAGCAAGAAACACAAGUCGAAAUUGUAUUCAUCUACAUUUAAAUCUUCUAUUAGCAUUUUUGAGAAGGUGCAUUAUAUAAAGCUAAAUGUCAUUUGCCCUGUAUAAUUAACUUCAAGGGUACUUUGAACCUAUGAUAUACUUCCCUAUUCCCUCUUUAUGGCUCUACUGGUACUUCUUAAAUUAUUACUGCCUUCUUGAUAAGUGUGGCAUAAGUAAGGCAUUCCGUAGUAAGAAUGGUAAUGAUGUUUUUAAUCAUCAUCAUGUUUUAAGCAUCAUCAGUUCUUGCAGAACACACCAAGUCAGUAUGAUUUUUACUGGUCAAUGCUUGCUGAUAAUGAUACAUUAAAAAUGCACAUUUUUUUCAGUUAUGAAGGUAUAUGGAUCUGCUACAGUCCAGGCAACAUUUAUGCUAUACCUUGAAAAGCCUUCACCUUUCUCUAUAGGUUAUUUCUAUGGUUUUUAUAGCCUUUAGGUUUGUUGCACACUGGAAGAUAUUCUAUUAGCGAGCAACUGUAAGUAAAGUACUUAAAAUGUAAAUAUUUAUUUUACAGAUUCUUCCUAAUUACUAUAUUGUAAGGGAAAUAAGGUCUUGUAUAUUAAAUUUCAGAGGUAGACAAAAUUAUGCCAGUGUUUGGCCUGUGGGGGCGUGGAUAGCCUUUUAAGUAGCUUUUGCGAAACGUCUUUGUAUCCCUCUGGGAUAGUUAUGCAGUAAUUGGAGGGGCACCUAGAAUCUGUUACUGGUGUUUUAAUCCCCCUCAGCCCAACAUUUGUUUAGCCCCUUUGGCUGAUAAGGCUAUGGAUCUAGGGAAAUGACUUUGAAGUUACCCUGCAAACUUUCCAGGAGUGUCUAGCUGAGGAUAAAAUCUUCUUCAUUCCCUGCUAGAGAACUCACAACACAGUCUGAAAUCCAUAAAAACUCUUGAUUUUCAUGUUUGUUGCUUCAAAAUCUCACUCUCUGUGCUGUAUGAUAGAACACAUGUAUCUAGAAGUAAAUGGUCUUAUUAUAUAUAAAUAUUUAAAUCAUAAAUACAAAAAAAGUAGCCUUAACACACUUUAGUUUAAAGGGUAUGUUCUAGAUCAAGCAAUUCUAAGCACAAAUGUGCAGAAAAAGUGACUAAAAAAAAAAAUAAAAAAAAUAAAGACCAAUUGCAUUGUGUGUUUGAGAUUAAAAACAUUUGCGAGAUAUAAUAAUAAUAGACUAGAGGAAAUGAAAUAAGAAAUUUCUACCCUAUAAUAAAGAAGCACAAUACCAUUUGGAACUCACAUGUAAUGUUUGCUCUGCUAUACAUUAAUUGAGCAAAUGUUACAACAAACACAGUCUGAUGGAAAUACCAACAGGCCCAGCUUAAAGUUGUCUUUUCAAGGCUCUCUCCACAAUGAUUGUAUUCCAGCCUAACUCCACCCUAUUUCAGAGUAAACCUUUUGUUCCAUUUAGCUGAGAGCAAAUGGUAAAGCAAUAGCACAGCUUAUGUACAAAGAGCAUUCCUUCUAUUUAUACAUAAGAGCUAUGGCUUCAAGGAGGAUUGCGUUGGUUGAGGCACAACACAAGAACAGCACAAAACAAGUGGCAUUACUGGCUUUACUAUAAUAUUAUAUUAAAUGGAGAUAAGUUGUGGCAAGUAAUAUCGAAAAUCCUACUGCUAUUAUCUAUAUGUUUGCCAAAUGCGAUAAAUGGUUAAAGUUUUGGAAACCUAAUCAUAUUAAUUUGAAUAUACCUUUAUUUAUUUUAUGUCUAUAUAUUUGCAAGACAAUCCUGAACAUGCACUCUUUUGGUUAUGGGCAUUAAAAUUUACUUACCCUUCAAUGGCUCCCCAAAUGUUCCUUAUAGAAAAACUAAAUUCAGUGAUUAGAGAUGGAGUCGGUAGGGUAGCUUCCUUUAUAGGCCUUAUGAGCAUAUAAAUAAGCAACUCCUUUUCAACCAAGCAAGUAGCCUAAAUUCAGCAAUCACUUAGAGGGCUUCUAAACAUGCACUAUACAUGAAUGUUAGUGGUUUAUCUUUUGUUUUUUUUGUUUGAAUCUUACAAAGUCUUCUUGGGUCUGUGCAUAUGUAUGUAAAACCUGCCUGCCUUAUCCUUAUGUUCUGAAUUUAAUGUAGUGCACUUAUACACUUGUAAGCAUUAUAUCUUGUGGAUCCCUUUGUGACUUCCUCCUAUUUUCUUGUUGCAUUCAUUUUCCAUUGGAACACUCAUUAGGAUAAAAUAUCCUUCCCUUUACUGAAUUUCCUUUGCACUGAAUAAGGUACUUUAUUUAAAUCUAGGGAAAUUAAAAAAAAAAAAAAAAUGAAAUUAAGGUUUUGAUAUAAACACUUAUAUAUACUGAACAGUUGA